CUCUAACAAAAACGGCGUCGUAUACCCACAGAAAUCACAUACUAGUACACUACACCUGAGCUACCAAUUCUACCUCAUCGGCGGCAUUGCGGCGGCGCUAACGGCCGCAAAUUUUUGAAUUUCUUCCGGCUGAGAUCGGAAUUCGUUGAAAUUGGGAUUCAAAAUGAUGUGAAUUUGUGAAUUCCAGCGGGACUGAGAUUGGAUUUGACCGAAAUUGGGAUUUAGAAUGAGGGAAUAUCAACGGGAAUUGGUCCUUUAGUUUGAAAUGGCUUCAUUGUGGGGAUCUCUGUUUUUUCCUGCCAAGAACCUCCGUAGAUACGGAAAUAUUUUGUGUAAUUAUCUGAAGAGCAUCAAGGCCAGGAAAUUAGGGCUUUCACUGAUUGAAGCAGAAAAUAAGACAUUACAGAAUCUUAAAGAAGUUGAAAGAAUAAUAGGCUAUAGAUUUAACAACCGUAGCUUACUGUGUGAAGCGUUUACACAUCCGUCGUGCCAGAGGGGUUGCGUUUCCUACGAACGGCUUGAGUACAUUGGUGACUCGGUGCUUAAUCUUUUGAUAACAAAGGAACAGUUUUCCAAGUACCCGAGCCUUGAACCGGGAUUGUUGACACCACUUCGAGCUGCCAAUGUUGAUAAUGAGAAGCUUGCACGGGUGGCUGUCCAGCAUAAAUUUCACAGAUAUAUCCGAUUUGGCGCUCCAAUCUACGAGAGAAAGAUUCAGGCAUUUAUCAAUGCUCUUCCUACAUAUCCAUUACAUUCACAUGGAUUGAUUAAUGCCCCAAAAGUGCUUGCUGAUGUUGUUGAAUCAACUAUUGGAGCUGUUUUCGUCGACAGCAAUUAUUCCAUCGAUACUACAUGGGAGGUAGCCAGUGAUCUAAUGGAACCCAUAAUCACUCCCAAAAUGCUCGAGAAAAACCCCGUGAAGAAGCUCGUCGAGAUCUGCCAAAAACACAAGCUCAAAGUGAAGAUUGUGGAUCUAUGGUCGCAAGAAGGAACUUACAAAGUUUUUGUCGACGGUAAACUUAGAGGGAAAGGUACGAGCCACGCAAAGAAGACAGUAGCACUGAACAGAGCGGCGAAUGCUGCUUAUAACGAAGUUUUACUAAAUCUGAGCCCCAAAGACUUAAAUGAAGGUCAAAGGUCGUUGAGUUGGUUGUACUUGUAUCUGUCCUCACACGGCCCGAGGGGACUUCAUCGAGCUGUUUCUGGGAAACGACGUUUCACAAAUUAUCGGUGCACACUCACUUCCCCUUGGUUAUAUUAUGUUCUGUGUCUUUCUUAGCCCUCGACAGCAGGUUUUGUGUGACCCGAACGAGGUUUUUAUUGAGCCCGGUGGUCAAAACAACGUCGUCUCAGCACAAGGAACGAAGAGGGCUGUUUCUUGGCUGACAUAAAAGGUUAGCCUCUAGAAUUCAUGUAAACGAAAUAUGACUAAUGCUCAGUUUUCUUGUUGCACUCUUUGCUUGCAAGAAACAUAAAUGUGUUUUAGGGUUUUUAUGUAUUUGUGAUUUAUUUGAUUAGAGAUUUCAGCUGAUCAGAAAUAGCAAUUAUGAGCAAGUAGUAUCUUUUUUUAUAGGUUGUCAAUUUUGGUAAAAUCUUUGCCAUCAUACCCAAAUUGAAUCUAUGUACUGAUUGUAACUUGCAAGUAUAUUCCUACAUGAUUAUGCC